AUGGUUGGGGCUUUGAAGUCGCCGCCGUUUGCCAUCUCCGCGUCUAUUCGAGCGACGAGCACCAUGUGUCGCCUACUCGUCUUCUCAGGGUCUUUUGGCUGCUGCGAAUCGGGGAUAUUUGUUGAACAGCAUGAAUUCGAUCAAGAAUGUGACCGAUGCACCGAAGAGGACGAAGGCAUUGGAGAUGUCGGUGAUGAAACGCACCCGACGCCCGAGAAGCGAGGAGCCGAGACAGAAGAACCGCAGGGCCAACGCAAGAAGCAAAGAGUUUGA